AUGGCUUUCCCUAUUCUUGGAACUCUUCCAUUUAGCUAUACAAAAAAUAUACUUCCUCCUCUUGGAAAAAAGUAUUCUUCUCUAGCAACAUGUAACCCCAAUACCUUCUCUAUUAAAACUCAAUGCAAUGCAUCAUCUAAGGAUGCAAAAGAUGAUAGUCAAACAAUUACUCGUCGCUCUGCUAAUUCUCAACCAUCAAUUUGGACCUACGAUUAUAUUCAAUCCUUAACUAAUUUAGAAGUAAAGCACACAAAGGAAUUCUUAAUGCUAAAGGAAAAAGUAAGAAUGAUGUUUAACAAAAUGGAAAAUGAGAUUGAUCAACUUGAAUUUAUUGAUGUAUUGCAAAGGCUUGGUGUGGCUUAUCAAUUUAACAAUGAAAUAGGGAAAAUAUUGGACAACAUUUACAACUCACAAACAUCCAUGUUGAAGAAUAACUUAUAUGCCACAUCACUCAAGUUCAGACUCUUAAGGCAACAUGGUUAUAAUAUAUCUACAGAUAUUUUAUGUUGCUUCCUAGAUAAACAUGAUAGUUUCAAGGAAUACCAUUCUUUUGAUGUUGAAGGAGUGUUAUCACUGUAUGAAUCAUCUUUUCAUUCAUUUGAAGAUGAAACUAUAUUGGACGAAGCAAGAGAUUUUACCUCAAAAUGUCUCAAAGAGUAUAAUAUGAAUCAGAAUAGUGGUACCUACACAUCACUUCUAAUCAACCAUGCUUUGGAGCUUCCACUACAUUGGAGAGUUCCUCGAUGGGAGGCUCAUUGGUUCAUUAAUGUAUAUGAAAGAAAGCAAAACAUGAGUCCAAUUUUACUUGAAUUUGCUAAAAUUGAUUUCAACAUUGUUCAAAGCAACUUUCAAGAAGAACUUAAGUAUGCGUCAAGGUGGUGGAAAAUAACUGAACUUGAUGAAAAGUUGAGCUUUGCAAGGAAUAGAUUGGUUGAAAACUUUGUUUGGUCAGUGGGAACAAGUUAUGAGCCAGAUUUAGAAUAUUACCGAAAAGAAAUGACAAAGGUCAAUGCACUUAUUACCUCAAUCGAUGACGUGUAUGAUGUAUAUGGUACCUUGGAAGAACUACAACUCUUCACUAAAGCAAUUGAUAGAUGGGAUCUAAGUGCCAUGGAAUUUCUCCCAUACUACAUGAAAAUAUGCUUUCAUGCACUCUAUAACUUUGUGAAUGAAGUUGCUUUUGAAACCUUGAAAAAGAGUGGGCACUAUAUUACUCCAUACCUAAAGAAAACGUGGGCAGAUCUAUGUAAAGCAUAUUUAAUUGAAGCAAAGUGGUACCAUAGUGGAUAUACUCCAACUGUUGAAGAAUACAUUGAGAAUGCAUGGACAUCAAUAGGUGACCCUGUUAUACUUACCCAUGCUUACUUUUUGAUUCCACAUUCACUCAAAGUGGAAGAUUUGGUUCGUUUAGAAGAAAACCCCGACAUAAUAAAGCAUUCAUCAAUGAUUUUACGCCUUGCUAAUGACCUGGGAACAUAUAAACGUGAAAAUGAUACCGGUGAUUCUUCGAAAUUGAUUGGAUGCUACAUGAACGAAACUGGAGCUUCUGAAGUUGAAGCUCAUGAGUAUGUAAAGUCCAUGAUACAUGCAGAGUGGAAGAAGAUGAAUAAAGAAGCUCAUAGUUCAUCUUUCUCUCAUAGCUUCAUAGAUAUUGCUAUAAAUUAUGGUAGAGUGGCAAUGUUCAUGUACCAACAUGGAGACGGCCAUACCAUUCAAGAUACUGAAAUGCAAAAUCGCAUAAUGUCAUUCAUUUUUCGGCCCAUUCCAUAA